GCCUGCGCAGUGCCGCGCCGCGCCUGGCCCGGGGCCGCAGCGGGAGCCGGGCGGCGGCGGAGCCGGAGCGCUGGCCAGUGCAUGCUGUGUGACCCGCUGGCUGCCCAAAAUGGUGAAGCUGGACAUACACACCCUGGCCCAUCACCUCAAGCAGGAGCGGCUCUAUGUGAACUCAGAAAAGCAACUCAUCCAAAGGCUCAAUGCAGAUGUGUUAAAGACAGCUGAGAAGCUGUACCGCACGGCGUGGAUUUCCAAGCAGCAGAGGAUUAACUUGGACAGACUGAUCAUAACAAGUGCUGAAGCCUCUCCUGCUGAAUGUUGCCAGCAUGCAAAAAUCUUGGAGGACACGCAGUUUGUGGAUGGAUAUAAGCAGUUGGGAUUUCAGGAGACCGCUUAUGGAGAAUUCCUAAACAGACUGAGAGAAAACCCUAGGCUUAUUUCAUCCUGUCUGGUGGCUGGAGAGAAGCUCAAUCAGGACAACACUCAGAGUGUCAUUCACACAGUCUUUACCUCCAUUUAUGGCAACUGCAUCAUGCAGGAGGAUGAGAGCUACCUCCUCCAGGUUCUCCGUUACUUGAUUGAAUUUGAACUGAAGGAAAGUGACAACCCAAGGCGGCUGCUGAGGCGAGGCACCUGUGCCUUCAGCAUCUUAUUCAAACUUUUCUCUGAAGGACUCUUUUCUGCAAAGCUUUUUCUUACUGCAACUUUACAUGAGCCGAUCAUGCAGCUUCUGGUUGAAGAUGAAGACCACCUGGAAACAGAUCCAAACAAGUUAAUUGAAAGAUUCUCCCCAGUACAACAGGAAAAGUUAUUUGGAGAGAAAGGCACAGAAAAGUUCAAGCAAAGAGUCCAAGAGAUGGUUGACUCCAAUGAGGCCAAGCUGGUGACCUUAGUGAACAAAUUCAUUGGCUAUCUCAAACAAAACACAUACUGUUUUCCUCACAGCUUGAGAUGGAUUGUGUCACAAAUGUACAAAACACUGUCAUGUGUAGAUAGGCUGGAAGUUGGGGAGGUCAGAGCAAUGUGCACAGAUCUUCUUCUAGCGUGUUUCAUUUGCCCUGCAAUUGUUAACCCAGAACAGUAUGGGAUCAUUUCUGAUGCUCCUAUAAAUGAGGUGGCAAGAUUUAAUCUGAUGCAGGUUGGGAGACUUCUGCAGCAAUUGGCAAUGACAGGUUCUGAAGAGGGAGAUCCACGUAUGAAGAGCAACCUUGCUAAAUUUGACAAAAGUUGUGUUGCUGCUUUUCUGGAUGUAGUUAUUGAUGGGCGUGCAGUUGAGACUCCUCCCAUGUCUUCUGUUAACCUUCUGGAGGGCUUGAGUCGAACUGUGGUUUACAUGACAUACAGCCAGCUGACUUCUCUGGUUGGCUUUAUGCGGAAUGUAAUGUCAAGUGAUCAGCUUAAGGAAGAUCGAAUGGCUUUGGAAAACUUGCUGGCAAACUUACCCCAGAACAAACCAGGGAAAAGCAGCAGCCUUGAAAUGACUCCCUAUAAUACCCCACAGCUUUCUCCUGCAACGACUCCAGCUAACAAAAAAAAUCGACUGCCAAUAGGACAGCAAUUGGCAGCCAUUACUGCCUGGGAUACUUCUGCUACCAAUCUUUCAGCUCAUAUAACUCUAGUAACCCCUUUUGCAACUCGUAGCAGAAGUAGAUCAAACAUUCUAAUGGAGCAGCAUGGAGAUCAUGAAGGAUCCUCCCAAGAGACUAUCUCAGAAGUUCAGCCAGAAGAAGUGCUGGUGAUUUCUUUGGGGACAGGUCCACAGAUUACUCCAGGAAUGAUGUCAGAAAAUGAGGUCUUAAAUAUGCAGCUCACAGAUGGCGGACAAGGAGAUGUCCCUGUUGAUGAAAACAAACUCCAUGGUAAACCUGAUAAAACCUUGCGCUUUUCCCUCUGCAGUGAUAAUCUGGAAGGAAUAUCUGAAGGUCCUUCAAAUCGCUCCAACUCUGUGUCAUCUUUGGACUUAGAAGGGGAGUCUGUGUCAGAGCUUGGUGCGGGCCCCUCCGGGAGCAAUGGUGUUGAAGCUCUGCAGCUUUUAGAGCAUGAACAAGCCACAACUCAGGAUAAUCUUGAUGACAAGCUCCGUAAGUUUGAAAUCCGUGACAUGAUGGGGCUGACAGAUGACAGAGAUAUAUCAGAAACUGUGAGCGAAACAUGGAGCACGGAUGUCUUAGGAAGUGACUUUGAUCCAAAUAUUGAUGAAGAUCGUUUGCAAGAAAUAGCAGGUGCAGCUGCAGAGAACAUGCUAGGCAGCUUGCUGUGUUUACCAGGUUCAGGAUCCGUCUUGCUUGAUCCCUGCACAGGUUCAACCAUAUCAGAGACCACAAGUGAGGCAUGGAGUGUGGAAGUAUUACCAAGUGAUUCAGAGGCCCCAGACUUAAAACAGGAGGAAAGACUACAAGAACUUGAAAGCUGUUCAGGGUUGGGUAGCACAUCUGAUGACACAGAUGUAAGGGAAGUCAGUUCACGACCCAGCACACCCGGCCUCAGCGUUGUAUCAGGUAUUAGUGCAACAUCUGAAGAUAUUCCUAAUAAGAUUGAAGAUCUCAGGUCUGAAUGUAGCUCUGACUUUGGGGGAAAAGAUUCUGUGACAAGUCCUGACAUGGAUGAAGCAGCCCAUGGUGCUAGUCAAUUGACAUCUCCUCCUUCUCAGACAGAUUCUUUGCUUGCAUUGUUUGAUCCUCUGUCGUCAAAUGAAGGUGUAUCUGCUGUAGUAAGGCCUAAAGUACACUAUGCAAGACCCUCUCAUCCACCACCAGAUCCACCAAUCUUGGAAGGAGCUAUGGGAGGUAACGAGGCCCGAUUGCCAAACUUUGGGUCUCACUCUUUAAUUCCAACUGAUUUAGAGGCAUUCAAGCAGAGACAUUCUUACCCAGAGAGGCUAGUCCGCAGCAGGAGUUCGGAUAUAGUAUCGUCUGUUCGGAGACCCAUGAGUGAUCCUGGGUGGAACAGACGUCCUGGUAAUGAGGAGAGAGAGCUCCCUAUGCCAACCACCAGCACUGGAGCAGCUGCUCUGGCUGCAUCUCAGUCAUCAUCUUCAUCUCCCAGUAAAGACUCCUCUAGGGGAGAGAUUGAAGAACGAAAAGACAGCGAUGAUGAGAAGUCUGACAGAAACAAGCCCUGGUGGAGGAAACGUUUUGUGUCUGCCAUGCCCAAAGCUCCUAUUCCAUUUAGAAAGAAAGAAAAACAAGAAAAAGACAAAGAUGACAUGGUGCCUGACAGAUAUGCAACACUUCAAGAUGAUCCCAGCCCGAGGCUCAGUGCGCAGGCCCAAGCUGCAGAGGACAUUCUCGACAAAUACAGGAAUGCAAUUAAGCGUACCAGCCCUAGUGAAGGAGCAAUUGUCAACUAUGAUGGUGCAGAGGCUCUGGGGGAUGGUGAGAGUAUGCAUGACUCUCCACGUGAUGAGGCUUUGCAAAACAUGUCUGCAGACGAUCUCCCAGACUCUGCAAGUCAAGUAGCACAGCCACAAAGUUCUGCUUUCUCCUAUAGGGAUGCAAAGAAGAAAUUGAGAUUGGCUCUUUGUUCAGCAGAUUCUGUUGCCUUCCCCAUGUUGACACAUUCAACAAGGAAUGGUCUACCAGACCACACAGACCCUGAAGAUAAUGAAAUUGUGUGCUUCUUGAAAGUUCAGCUAGCUGAAGCUAUUAACCUCCAAGACAAGAACUUGAUGGCCCAGCUGCAAGAGACAAUGCGAUGUGUAAGCCGCUUUGAUAACAGGACCUGUCGAAAGCUGCUGGCAUCUAUUGCAGAGGACUACAGGAAAAGAGCUCCAUAUAUUGCUUAUUUAACUCGAUGUCGCCAAGGCCUGCAAACGACACAAGCACACUUGGAAAGGCUGUUGCAAAGAGUUCUGCGAGAUAAAGAAGUGGCCAACAGAUACUUCACUACAGUAUGUGUGAGGUUACUGCUGGAGAGCAAAGAAAAGAAAAUAAGGGAGUUUAUUCAAGAUUUCCAGAAACUCACAGCAGCAGAUGACAAAACAGCACAAGUUGAGGAUUUUCUUCAGUUCUUAUAUGGGGCUAUGGCUCAGGAUGCCAUAUGGCAGAAUGCCAGCGAGGAGCAGCUCCAGGAUGCGCAGUUAGCAAUAGAGCGCAGUGUGAUGAAUCGGAUUUUCAAGCUUGCCUUCUACCCUAACCAGGAUGGAGACAUUCUGCGGGACCAGGUCCUUCAUGAGCACAUACAUAGGUUAUCUAAAGUAGUGACUGCAAACCACAAAGCACUUCAGAUACCUGAGGUCUAUCUCCGGGAGGCACCGUGGCCAUCUGCACAGUCUGAAAUCCGCACAAUAAGCGCUUACAAAACCCCCCGAGACAAAGUCCAGUGUAUCCUGCGAAUGUGUUCAACCAUCAUGAACCUGCUUAGUCUGGCAAAUGAAGAUUCAGUACCUGGGGCAGAUGAUUUUGUUCCCGUUCUGGUCUUUGUCCUCAUAAAGGCAAAUCCACCUUGCUUGCUGUCCACUGUUCAGUACAUCAGUAGUUUCUAUGCCAACUGUUUGUCUGGAGAAGAGUCGUACUGGUGGAUGCAGUUCACAGCAGCAGUUGAAUUCAUCAAAACUAUCGACGAUCGCAAGUAACUCACACAGCACAUGUACGGGCAGAUUGUUAGCAGAGUGUCAAAGAAUGUACAACAGCUGCAAAAGCUGAAGAAGAGACUUUCCGUGUAUAAUACUGUACAGAAUUGAGGCAUUUUAAAACACACCUUUACUAAUCAAAUUAAUUUAACAGAUUUUCCUCUUCUCUUUUGGUUGCGUUUUUCUCCCCUGUAGAUACUGGCACUGCGAAAGGGACCACAGUUUUCAGGUAUUUUGGAAUCUCAAAACACACAGGAAAUUCUUCAUACUUUUUCCACCACUCCCCUUCCUAAAUUCUUACUCACGUGAAUAAUUCACUUUGUUUAAUUUCUAACAGAAAACUGAAACAAGAAGAAUCAGGGCAACCACUUAGUAUACUUUCUAGCUUAAUACACCUUUUAUUAAUAAAACACCAGCCACACUGAAAGUAGCUGACAUUAGUUCUCAGUUAUAUUUCACCUAAAUUCAAAAUCUUGAGAGGACAGUGUAAAUAUUCUAUAACUAUAUUUAAUGCACUGCAGUUAUCUUUGGACUCACUAUUCUUUGGAUAAACAAGCAGAAGCCUCUCUGACCUCUAACAGGUUGUGACAUACUGUGUUCUGGUAAUGAAAGGACUUCCUUGAAAGGCUAAGAUUUAAAAAGGGCAAACUGAACUAUUUAUUAAAAUGUAAUUAAAGAUGACUGAAAUUUCUAAAACUGGAAUUUAUAAUAGCAGGGCUUGUUAGAUAGCUAAACACUUUUUGGCUUAGGGCAUUAGGGUGUUUGGGGGAUUUGGAUAUAUGGAGGAGAGGGACUGUAAGUUACGAUAGAUAAGUCUAAUAUAAAAAAAGGAGAAAUAAAAUACCUUACUGUAAUAUUUUUUCUGAGAUAUUGUGUAUACUGUACAAACCCCAAACAGAGAUCCUUAACAGAACCUUGGACUGUAAUAUAUAUUUUGAUUAGUGACAUUAAAUACAUAUGCCAGGGGUUUCAGUGAAUGUUUUUACUAAAUGUUCUCUGUGUUGUCUGCUAUGCAGCAGUGCGAGUUUUACUGUUCAUAUAAAAUGUUUUAAAAGAUGAUACUGUUCUUUAUGAAGCAUAUCAUAACAUCAGUUCAGGGUGUUUUAUAGAUCUCUCACCCCACCUUCCCCUUAAACUGAUAAUUAGCAAUCUAAAGAAGUUUUUAUGCACAAUACCACCUGGAUUUUUCAUGAGUGAGAUGGUCUGAGCAAUGGCCAGUGGUUGUAACCUGCACAUAAGCACUCGCUGUUCUUUUUUAGCUGGAGUUGCAGCAAAAAGGGACAGUGAGCAGUGAACUUUUUCAUGUCAGUAUUAUUUCUUGCUCUUCCCAGAGAGUUCAUUGCACUUCUUACAGAGGGAUGUGUUAAGACUUGGUGUCUGCGAGUGGUGAAGGAAACAGAAUAUUUCUAUUUUUCUUUCCAAAUCAGAUUUUUUGUGGGUUUGGUGUUUUCUGUUGUUGUUGGUUGGUUGUUGGUUUUUUUGUUUGUUUGUUUGUUUGUUUUAAAACCCAUAAGUAACUAAUACUUGGGAAAAUAAUUUGAAUUGAAAUCUGAGCAAUUUCUGUCAAAUAUCAGGUGCUUGAUUUGGCUGUGCUACUUGUCAAGGCAUAAAGAAAUUGACCUUCUGGGACACCAAUACAUAAUUCAGUAUAGCAUUUUUGCCAAACUCAUCACAGGUGAGAGGGUGACUUUUUUUCUUUUGUUUAUAGUCUUUCUCCUCUCUUAGAGACUUGAUUGUUUGGAGGAGCAAUACUCAGUCAAAACAAAACUGUUCUGAUCUGCCUUACUGUGGUAACUCAGUCUGUGUAACAUUGCAAUAUUCCAGUUAUUUAGCCUUGAUGGGUAUUUGGUGCUGAACACCUAACUUCAUAUUGCAACACAGCCCUGACCAAUAACACUCAGCAGUGAAGCACAAAUAUGCCCUUGAAGAUAUGGCCAGAUCAUAUCUAAAAGCAAUAUAAAAUUAUUUAUACUGAAGUGUCCUGUAAUAUUAAGUUAUUACUUGAAUGUCUGAGAUGUUAAGACCGAUGUAUGAAAAUUGUUUAAGUCCUGCAGUUUGGCUUUUAGUCGAGGAGAGCAUUGUACAACAUGUAGUGAAGGCACAAAGACACUCAAGCUGGUGCUCACCCUGUGCCCUGCUUCUGUUGGCAGACUUGGCAGGCAGGAUUUAAUCAGCACCGUCAGGUCCUUCAGCUUUGCUCUCCUGUAUGGAAGCAGCAAGAACCAUUUCCUUCACAUUUUUAUCACUUUGUUUUGCUGUGUAGAAGAAUACUUAAAAGAACUGGAGUCUUUUUUAAUUACUAUUUAGUUAUUUUUAAAGCAGUAAACGUUUCAAUGAGCCCCAGAUGAGCUAAGAGUCUUCAUAGUGAGAUGGUCCUUUGCUUCUUUUUAUCAACCUACUCUGAAAGUCCUUCAUAUAGUCUUGGUAGGUGUAGUUAGUGAAUGAGACUUUCCAAAGAAUUAAAAAACCUCCUGUAAUGUCCUCUUGCUAGUUUCUCCUGGUGUCCAGUAAUGUUUUGUUUUAAAAUGAUAAAUUUCAUGUAUAGGAAGUGAUGUCGUUAGGUUUUGGUGUGCAAUAGUAAAGGUGAAAAGACAGUGCAUAAAGGACCAAAAGUAACAGAACUGCUGCCAAAAGGUGCCAGCCACCAUGUACCUGUUGCUGUGAACUUGGUGCUUUCUGUUAAUUGAAUUACUUCAGCCACUGAAGGAUGAAUGGAACAUUUUGGGGAAAGAGGGAGUGGGGAGAGGAUGUUGGUAGCAGAUUGGAGUCGUGGACUUCAGGCUUAGUUGUCGACUUCAGCACUGGCUGUUGGCAUGUCUGGAGGAGCUGCCACAUUAAAUGAUGGCAUGGCUGUGCCUGUUGAUAUUAUAGAGGUGGUGUUUGCCUUUUUUGGAUAGAGAAGUGAAAGGAAAGGACUGGAGGGUUUAUCCCUAGGAAGAUUCCUUUUUUGCUUCUAACCCUAAGUGAGGUUUCUCUUUAAAGCUUUUUAAAAUCUCCUUUAAAGAGAGUUGGAAUGUGUAUGGCCUAUUAAGUAUUUGAGUUUAAAAGUUCUUGUUUUGAAAACCUUAUACUACCAAAUGCUGAAUGUAACUGCCAUAAAUUUCAGGAAAAAAAGCCACGUACACGAUCCUGUUGCUGUAGGUGAGUCUCUGGAGAGAGCAGUGUUGGCUUGUACUGCUUGGAAAUUUUAGUGUUGUGUUAAGCCGAACUCUCAUGGAAGCUGGAGAACUUGCUGCCAUGUUAGUGCUGAGUGGUGUGAGGGGAAGGGGCAGGGCAGGAGCAGCAGGAGGAGACCAGCCUGUUGGGCAGCAGUGCUCCGGGAGAGUGGGGUGUGUGGGUUUGGUUUGAGUGUAACUUGUGUGGCUGUGCUGCCGUGCAGACUGUGCAGCCCUCGACCAGCAGCUUGAUGGGAGAGCUGGAGCAGCAGGAAAAUGGUAAAUAAGGAGGGGGAAGAGUGCUCCUGUUUGGGUAACAGCUGGUGACUUGGUUGAGCCUGUACUACUUGAGAAAUUAAUCUCUGCUGAGUUAGUAGUGUGUGUUCUGUACCUUUUAAUUGUGCUUUACCUCUAUUUAAAAGCUUUGUACUGCCUCUCCUCUUUGAAACUGGUAAAGCCUUUAUAAACCUAAAUUAAUGAGCUUGCACAAUCUUGUAUACAGGAACCCCAUCUUGUCUCUAACGUGAUGAUUAAUGUAUUAUUCUGUAAAAACUGAUUAAAAGGAGAGCAGUUUAA